AUGUAUCUCUCUGAAAGAUCUGUUAGAAAUUAUGCGUUCUUGCUCAAAUCGGACGAUUUGAAUAUUGCGUAUUAUGCAGUAAAAUGGUUGUUAGAAUCAAAUGUUUCCCUAGAAUUACUUGAGAAAUACGAAAUCCAGAAUUUAGUUGAAGAGAGGUUUCUGAUCACUGAUGAAACUGCUCGGAGUUUGAUUCUGAAGAUAAGCAAUCUUGAAGAAGACGUGGAAAAUGGAAAUAGGAGUUAUUCGAAUCCUCCGUACGUCACGGAUUCUCCGAAAUCGCCACCAAAGAAGAAAUUCAGAAGACACUCGGAUCGUUAUCAAUUGUCAGAGAUGUCUUUGGAAGAUUCGAGUGAUGGAUCUCCAAAUUCUUCUUCAGAAAUCGAAGUUUGGGAGGGACCAGUUAGAAAUCUGAAGGAGCAAGUUCUCGCGGGAGCUUACCAAUCGUGA